UGAUCGUAGCCAACUUCACAUCAAACAACAAAAUUGUAGCCAACUUGUCGGGAACGCGUUCUUUGUGAAAGUUUGUUUAAUCUUUUUAAACGUCACAAUAUCGGACAUGGCCCAACGUUUUCCGGGGCCUGUACCGAAUGCAGGACCAGGAGUUCCUCCUCCACAAAGGUAUCCGCCCCCGCAAAAUCCUCCGAUUCGACAAUAUCCAGGACAAAACUUCCCGCAAAGAUCAGGAUUUACUCCCCCACCAAAUAUGGGGACAAGUGGAGGUAAUAUAAUGCAACGUCCACCUCAGCAACCUUAUUCCCCAAUGAGGGGUGGUCCCAUGCCGCCCCAACAAGGUGUUAAAAGACCUCCAGACUCCCGGGUGGGUUUACCACCACAAAAAGGUGAAUACACACAUGGAACAAGUAAAAAAAAGAAGAAACUCUCUGAUAAAAUUCUCCCCCAAAAAGUGCGUGAUCUCGUCCCUGAAAGUCAAGCUUACAUGGAUCUUUUAGCUUUUGAACGUAAGCUAGAUGCUACAAUAAUGCGAAAAAGAUUAGAUAUUCAAGAGGCCUUAAAACGACCCAUGAAACAAAAACGCAAAUUAAGGAUUUUUAUUUCAAAUACGUUCUAUCCAAGUAAAGAACCGCAAGCUGAUGGACCAGAUGGUCCAGGACAAGAAGGUUCGGUAGCGUCUUGGGAGUUACGCGUCGAAGGUCGUCUUUUGGAGGAUUCCAAAAACGAUCCUAAUAAAGUGAAAAGAAAGUUUUCUUCGUUUUUUAAAUCUUUGGUUAUCGAGUUGGAUAAGGAAUUGUAUGGGCCUGAUAAUCAUUUGGUUGAAUGGCAUCGCACUUUGACUACACAAGAAACUGAUGGAUUUCAAGUGAAAAGACCUGGAGAUAAAAAUGUGAGAUGUACGAUCUUGCUACUUUUGGAUUACCAACCAUUGCAGUUUAAAUUAGACCCAAGAUUGGCGAGGUUGUUGGGGGUUCACACUCAAACACGUCCUGUUAUCAUUUCUGCACUUUGGCAAUACAUCAAAACUCAUAGAUUGCAAGAUGCCCACGAAAGGGAAUACAUAGUUUGUGACAAAUAUUUAGAGCAGAUUUUCAACUGCCAAAAAAUGAAAUUUGCUGAAAUACCACGACUUUUAAAUCCACUUUUACAUCCACCCGAUCCAAUUGUUAUUAAUCAUGUUAUCUCAGUGGAAGGUGGGGCGGAAAAUAAACAAACGGCUUGUUAUGAUAUUGACGUUGAGGUUGAUGAUACUUUAAAAACCCAAAUGAAUAAUUUCUUAUUAAGUACAGCAAGUCAACAAGAAAUUCAAGGUUUAGAUAGCAAAAUACAUGAAACAGUUGAAACUAUAAAUCAGUUGAAAACUAACCGGGAAUUCUUUUUGAGUUUUGCUAAAGAUCCCCAACAAUUUAUCCAUAAAUGGAUUGUUUCUCAAACGAGAGAUUUGAAGGCUAUGACUGAUGUGGUUGGAAAUCCAGAAGAAGAAAGACGUGCAGAUUUCUUCUAUCAACCUUGGGCUCAAGAGGCAGUUUGUCGUUAUUUCUAUACUAAGGUUCAACAAAAACGUGCUGAAUUGGAGCAGCAAUUGGGUAUAAGGAAUGCCUAAUAAGUGAAGAACACUUUUUUCAGUAUAUCACUUUUAAUAUUCUUAAUUUUAAUUGAUAAUGGAUAAAAAUGGAACUUUUUGAUGAUAAUAAAAUCAAUCUUUUUUAA